GGCCGAGGUGAAAACGUGCCUGGCUUGUGCUCGGUGGAAAGCCGAGCUAGAGUAGAAAUGCAAUUGCAGACGUUCAAUUUGGUCUCGAUUUCAGAGCCCAGCCUGAUUAUUGAGAGAGAGAGAGUUUCUCAAGUAAUGACGGUAUGAUUGACGUGGUCAAUUGGAACUGAUGCAGUGUUUCUCUAUAAUCCUGAAAACCCCAUUCAAGCAACAAGAAGCCUUUGCUUGAUAGAAAGAUACCUAAGUAGAAUAACCCUCGUGACUCAAAAAAUGGAAGACCGAAGCGCAGUUCUUUCUCUCCAACGCCUCAUCAACAGCGGGUCCGCCAAGUUCUGGGUCCCCUUCACUAGUUAGUUAACGAGGAACUCUCACUCCCCUAGCUUCGUUCAUCACUCAUCAUCGGCUACCAAUUGCAUCAGAGACUUGACUCCAAAUUGCUAGAUUAACGCCGGUGUGCAGAGCCAUCUCCACCAAAAAGUCCAGAAACGCUUGCGCCGGGUGCGGAGAGACAGCAAGACGAUGGGGCAUAUCCCAUCCAUCCAUGGGGAACGGGUCUUUGGAAUAUCGGGGGACGGGAGACCAAGAGUGACUCAAGAGUAUCUAUAAUUCCCGGUCGAAACGAUACUUAUUAUAUGGUCUGCCCUUCUCCUCCCACUUCUUCCAAAUUCCUCAAAUUAUCCAUCAUUGUUCUCGUCUUUCGAACUUCACUUUCCUUAGUGUUGUGCCAUCUAGUUACAUCUUGAGGCCCUCUUAUACGCACUUACAUUGUUUAGCACUCUCCCCCAAAAGGUCUCAUACCUCUCACACAUCGGUCACAAUGGCGUCACAAAAUAUGGCAAACCCUUCUGUCAACCCUGAUAUCGAAGACGAGCUCUUCCAGAAGGAGGUUGAGGCUGUCAAGGCUUGGUGGUCCGACUCAAGAUGGCGACACACGAAGCGCCCUUUUACUGCUGAGCAGAUUGUCUCCAAACGCGGAUACCUCCCUGUCGAUUAUGCUAGUAAUGCCCAGGCGAAGAAGUUGUGGAAGAUCCUUGAGCACCGUUUCGAGACCCGAGAUGCCAGCUACACCUACGGCUGCUUAGAACCUACAAUGGUCACCCAGAUGGCCAAGUACCUCGACACCGUCUAUGUUUCUGGCUGGCAAUCGUCAUCGACAGCGUCUGCUUCUGAUGAACCUGGUCCCGAUCUGGCUGACUAUCCCUACACCACUGUUCCCAACAAGGUCGGCCAUCUCUUCAUGGCCCAACUCUUCCAUGACCGCAAGCAGCGCCAAGAGCGUCUCAGCGUCCCUAAGGCGCAACGCGCCAACCUCUUGAACAUUGACUAUCUUCGUCCCAUUGUUGCUGACGCUGAUACUGGCCAUGGUGGCCUCACCGCUGUCAUGAAGCUCACCAAGCUCUUUAUUGAGAAGGGUGCAGCUGGAAUUCACAUUGAGGAUCAAGCCCCCGGCACAAAGAAGUGUGGCCACAUGGCAGGCAAGGUUCUUGUCCCUAUUCAGGAACACAUAAACCGCCUUGUUGCUAUUCGUGCGCAGGCUGACAUUAUGGGCUCCGAUCUCCUCGCCAUCGCACGCACCGACGCCGAGGCCGCAACUCUACUCUCCACCAACAUCGACCCCCGCGACCAUGCUUUCAUCCUCGGCUCUACAAACCCUACUCUUAAGCCCCUCAACGAUCUCAUGAUCGCCGCUGAGGGUGCUGGCAAGAGUGGCGUUGAGCUGCAGCGCAUUGAAGAUGAGUGGCUUGCCAAGGCCAACCUGAGCCGCUUCGACGACGCUGUGGCCGCUGCCAUUGAUGCAGGCUCUUCCUCUGACAAGGCUGGUCUCAAGCGAGACUAUCUUACCAAAGCAAAAGGCAAGAGUAACCUUGAGGCGAGGGCCAUCGCUCGCCAGGUACUUGGCCAUGAUAUCUUUUUCGACUGGGACGCCCCCCGUACACGCGAGGGUUACUUCCGUCUCAAGGGUGGUUGCGACUGCGCUGUGAAUCGAGCCAUUGCAUAUGCUCCUUAUUGCGAUGCCAUUUGGAUGGAGUCUAAGCUGCCCGACUAUGCUCAGGCUAAGGAGUUUGCCGAAGGUGUCCACGCCGUCUGGCCCCAGAAGAAGCUCGCCUAUAACCUCUCUCCAUCAUUCAACUGGAAAACUGCCAUGCCUCGUGACGAGCAGGAGACCUACAUCCGCCGCCUGGCCAAGCUUGGCUACUGCUGGCAGUUCAUCACGCUUGCAGGCCUGCACACGACAGCCCUUAUCAGCGACCAGUUUGCCAAGGCAUACAGCACCGUCGGUAUGCGCGCUUACGGCGAGCUCGUUCAAGAGCCUGAAAUGGAGCAGAAAGUCGAUGUUGUUAAGCACCAGAAGUGGAGUGGCGCAACCUACGUCGAUGAGUUGCAAAAGAUGGUUACAGGUGGCAUCAGCUCCACAGCUGCUAUGGGCGCCGGUGUGACUGAGGACCAGUUCAAAUAAAUCACUGCUGGUGAGGGAGAGGUGGACAACAACGGAGCACAUAAAUGAAUAAAGAUCAACAUGGGCUGAGAAAUGACUGGAGGUUGUUGUGGGAGCGCAAAAAAAGAGCGGCAAGUUGUUUGUCUUUGGGGCAUUUUGAUAUCACACUACUGGUUUCCGAUUUUUAAUUGCCAUAUUACUUUGCAUACGGCAAGCAUUUGCCUUGAUAUAUACUACUAGUGCAUGAAGCAAGAAAACAUCAUGAAAAGAACUUGAAACGGUGAUCAUGCUCUGCACAUUGCCUUAUAAGCAACUAUGUGCACAUCAUUACAUAUGUUUGCUUGUGUUUGACUCAUCUUCAAUAUAUCCUUCUGUGGAGCAUAGACAUCCUGCGCCUGACCAACCACCCAGUCGUAACUACGAAAAAGAAGAAAAAACAUUGAAAGGGGGAGGGGGGACUGGUUGGUCCAAGAUCGUAGCAGCAUAAUGUGUCUAUAUAGCCCAAGCGUCAAAGCUAAACAGUAAGACGCCCGUUAUCAAAAUGAAAUGGGAAACUGGAAACCGAACAAUGAGACAGAUCCCCUUGGUUGUGGUCUAAUGUCCAUAGUGUUACAUCACCAACAUUUCCAUUAGAUUCGUUUCGCUUGGUACAGUAAUGACUGCAAAUCCGCUGGAACCCAAGCAGUAGAUCACUUGCUAUUUC